AUGGCGGCGCAGCGCCGAGCGGGGCCGGGCGGGGAGCAGCGGCGGCGGCCGGGGGGCGGCAAGGUCCGGGCACCCGGCACCGCAACGGGACGGGGCUGGGCGCUGAGGGGAGCGGCCCCCGGGGCUGCCCUGCUCGGCUCCGCCGUCCUCGUCGGCGGGCUUCUGGGCUGGAGCCUCCCCGGCGGCCGGCAGGGAGGCGCGGAGGUGCUGGCCCGCGGCAGCGAGGCGGUGCCGGACAGGUUCGUGGAGGUGGCCUGCUCCGGGGACUACGGUGCCGGCAGGAGGUUCGAAGGGUGCACUCCCAGGAAAUGUGGAAGAGGUGUAACCGAUGCAGUGAUAACAAGGGAGGAAGCUGAAAGAAUCCGUAGAAUAGCAGAGAGAGGACUGUCCUUGGGAGGAUCUGAUGGAGGGGCAUCAAUUUUGGACUUGCAUUCUGGAGCUCUUUCCCUGGGGAAGCACUUUGUUAAUCUGUACAGGUACUUUGGGGACAAAAUUCAAGACAUCUUCACAGAAGAGGAUUUUGCACUAUAUCGUGAUGUGAGACGGAGAAUUCAAGAAAAGAUUGCUCAGACGUUCGGAAUCAGCUCUUCCGCCAUGUACCUGACUAAGCCAACAUUCUUCUCUAGAAUUAACAGCACAGAAGCCAAGACAACACACGAUGAAUACUGGCACCCCCACAUCGACAAGGUGACUUACGGCUCUUUUGACUAUACUUCACUGCUGUAUCUCUCUGACUAUGCUGAAGAUUUUGGUGGUGGACGGUUUGUGUUUAUGGAUGAAGGUUCCAACAAGACGAUAGAGCCCCGAGCAGGCCGGGUUUCCUUUUUCACCUCUGGAUCAGAGAACCUUCAUCGGGUGGAAAAGGUUCGCUGGGGCACUCGCUAUGCCAUCACCAUCUCGUUCACUUGCAACCCAGACCAUGGCAUUGGGGAUCCAGUCCUGACGUAAUUCCUCCCAGGAUGGAACGUGAGGUUGAAUGGAAUGAGAGAAGCCCUGCAAGAGGAGGAGAAAAAUUGAGAUAAUUGUAUAGACUUGCAUUCAAUUAGAAUUUCCCAGCUGUGUUAAUACAUUGUAAUACAUUUUUGUUUUCACAUGUCCUUUCCUGUAAGUGUUGCAAACAGUGCCUUAAGGACCAUCUUAAAUUUGGUAUGUUCUGUAACUGGUUUGUCUUCGUGUAGAGUCCUGCAACGGGCUUUUCAUUUUUAUUUUUAUUUAAUUUUGAUUCUUCAGUUUAAAAGAUACAAACCACCUUUUGGACCGUAUCUUGAUACAACACCACAUGGUACUGUUACCUGUUGUUAAAUUCUGUAGUCUCUUCCAAUACUAUUGGGAUUUGGAAAGUUUGACCUAAUUAAUACAGCGGGGUGAGUGCUAUUCUUUUGGACAUGUCCCCUGUUGAGAGGAAUGUUUUCUCCUUUAGCAUGGGCAUUAGUGGGCAAUACACCUGUGGUUUGACUACUGGGCUUUACUUGAACUUUUUUUAAAAAAAUUAAAUUACUACAGAUAUUUUCUGCUACAAGCACGGACUAGUUAAUACAAUGUCAGAACUACAACCUUUUAAUUAGCCAGAAAACAUAUCACUUCAGGAUUACAAAUGUUGUGGUGUGUUAGGGAAUGGCACCGCAGCAGGUUCCUCUGACCAGAACGCAGCAUUCCCAACUUGCCUCACUUUUAAGUGGCAUCUUAAGAAAAAUGAUUAAUCUCCUGGUUGGAAGUCACAUACUAAAAUUAUUAAGAGCUCCUUAUGGGACUGGCUUGACCAUAUAACCAUGUAAAUUGUAUAUAUAUUAAAAGGAGAGCUGGCAGAAAAAGUCAUCCAGUUUUCUGGAUUCAGCUGAGCAUUCAUCACUACCUAAUCCCCAGUUAGGACAGUAGGAUUUGGGAGGGACACAGGUGAGAAGCAAGUUAGUUUUGUGGUGGUUUUCCACGUGCUGGUGCUGGGACCUUUAGACUUGAUCCUGUAAACCCUGACUUGCUGCUUGGACAGCCAGAUAACAAAACCACCUGGACCAGUGUCUGUUGGAUGUGGGCUCUGAAGGAAAUUAGUAACCACUUACAUUUUAAAUUGAAAUGCUCUCGAGCUGGAGCUCAAUUGUAAAAACACUUUGAAAACAUCUAUUUAUUGGGCCAAAAUUUAGUUUUAAGACCAAGUUUAAGAAAACUCUUGAUUUUUUGUUACAGUUGACCCAACUUACAAAUCCUGUAUAGUGAAGUACUGUUUAGCUUGUACAAAACAAUGUUUUAUCUGUUUCAGAAAGUCUAUCAAUAGCUUUUUAUAGACUUCUUUUUUUUUUGGUUUAAUAUGAAGACUUCUUUUCUAUUAACUUCGAUCAUUAGUCUGUGGUGUUACUUGAAUAAUAAAUUGCAAGAACUUCAGAGAGGAAGAGAUGAUUGCAUUGUACAAUUGAAAUAACAGAACAAAUAAUCUUGCCGACUGCCUUGCUUUCUUACCGCAAUCAAAGGUUUUUGUGGUUCAACACUUUAAAUAAAUUGUAGGAAAAGUUAUUUUUUCUUCAAAUUUUGAAGUGAGCAUUGAUUUGGUUUAUUAAUCGUCUAUCUUUUCUAUGAAAAUGAAAAUGUGGGGAUGUGCUUUUUUAAUGCAUACAGUUUCAUGUAAUUUUCAUUUUUGUUUUAAUCUCUUUUAUGGAAAUUGUAAGUAUGGGGAGAUUACACUGAAGAUCUAAUAAAGAGAAUGAUGACUAGA